AUGAGCAAUACUGAGCUACAUAACAAUAGAAUGAGCAAUACUGAGCUACAUAACAAUAGAAUGAGCAAUACUGAGCUACAGAACUAUAGAAUGAGCAAUACUGAGCUACAGAACUAUAGAAUGAGCAAUACUGAGCUACAUAACAAUAGAGUGAGCAAUACUGAGCUACAUAACAAUAGAAUGAGCAAUACUGAGCUACAGAACAAUAGAAUGAGCAAUACUGAGCUACAUAACAAUAGAAUGAGCAAUACUGAGCUACAGAACUAUAGAAUGAGCAAUACUGAGCUACAGAACAAUAGAAUGAGCAAUACUGAGCUACAUAAGAAUAGAGUGAGAAAUACUGAGCUACAUAACAAUAGAAUGAGCAAUACUGAGCUACAGAACAAUAGAAUGAGCAAUUAA